CGGGCGUCCCGUACGCCGGUUUUAACAAACGCGGAUGAGAACUCGCAGGUCUCCAACUGGCAGAGCACCGCAGUGUUAGACCGGUCGCCGUUCGCUUGAGACGCGCCUUAGCUCCAAGCCAGAGCCCGUUGUAUUAAACCAUCCCGACUGUCUGUCUCCCCCACUAAAUACAACAACUCUCCUAACCGUCAUCGCCGAACCACCGACGAGACAUACCUACCUUCGUACUUCGUUUCAUUCCCAUCCUCGUUGCACUCCUCUGUACGCCCCCGCCGCUCGCGUAAUACGCGCGAGGCCCGCAGUUUGACAGCUAAUAUCAUUAACGUUGUCAUUAUUGUUAUCGAAAGGCGAAGGUAGCGCGGUGACGAUAACGCGACCACUUCUAUUCCCAUUUUGACUUUUGCUACGAAUUUUUUGUAUCGUUUUUUUUUUUUCUUUUUUUUUUUCUUUUACAUGCAAUUCACGUUUUGCGUUCUACCUACUUUUGCAGCCUGGAAAAGUUAAUGGGAGUUACUUCGAUUAUUUGAACUUUUAGUUCGUUUUUUCAUACACUGAAAUGUAUGCGUAGAGAAUAAAUUCGUUUCACAAUUUUCAUGCAGUUUUUUUUGAAUCAACUGCACGCUAAAUUUUAUAAAUCGACGACGUGAUACGCGUUUAAUGAGGAGAAGGGGGAAGCGACAAAAUUCGCGGUGUACGAACGUUCAUUAGAAAAAAAAUAAAUAAAUAAAUAAAGGAAAUAAGAAGAGAUAAUUUGACAAAGGAUAUCUUGCAAAAAUCGUUGUUCAGAAUCCCCCUUCCCCCCGAACCUCCUCCGUACCGACACCCCCACGACGUUGAGAGACGGUGGUAAACGACCCUGCUCUCAGAGCUGAGAGGUCCAGUGAGUGAUUUUGUUGAUUAAAUAAAAAUUGAGAAGGAAUCAUUUAAAUUUAAUACGCCUAUAUUCCAAGUGGUUGAAAAUAUAAUAAAUAAAUAAAAGAAGACGCGUCGAAAAUCGUUGAAUAUCAACGUUAUCGUGUAACGACGUCGUUCCGCACGAGAUUAUACUUAAAAGACAAACGAAAUAGUACCGAGAGAAGUAGGUGAAAAACAAUUUUUUCCGAAAAGCUUCUUCGCUGCGGUGAACUUUAAGUGAAUUUUUUGUAAAAAAAAUUAAUUUUUCCGUUGUACUGUAUUGAUAAAUUUUCAACGGGGUGUUUCGCGAGUUGUUGUCGUUUUGUUCUAUUUUUUCGACAUUUUUUUUUUCCAAUAAAACAUCAAUGAAAGCGUGACACAAACUCACCCUUGCGAGCGAGAGAGUGACAUUCUGUUUGGAUGACCUGCUGUACUAUGGAGUAUCAACAGUUGGCUCCACCGCCCAUUCCGGUGGUGAUCCAUCAAGUUCAUCAUUCUCAACAACAUCCUCCCCCCGUAACUCAACAUCCACACAUCGUUGUCGCACCGGCACAUCAACAACAGCAACAACAACAACAACAACAACAACAACAACAACAACAACCACCACCACCACCACCACCCUCUGCUAAUUUACCUCCUACGUCACAUGCACAUCAAGUUCAUACACCUCUGCCACCGAUACACGAUGACAGCACAAGCUCAAGGUGGACGCAAUAUCAACAUCUUUGGCGACAACAUCACGUUUACAUGAACGGUAAGGCGGUUUCUAAUAAGACAGACGGAUUUCGAAAACAGGGAAAGGACGUACCGGAAGAAAAAAAAGAUGACGGUGAAUUGUGGGGGAAUGUGGAGGCGCAGGCCGCCUUCUUAGGACCAAAUCUUUGGGACAAAACGCUGCCCUACGACGCUGACCUGAAGGUAUUGAAUCAUUACGUUGAUUUGGACGAAUUUCUUUCGGAAAACGGAAUCCCCGUCGACGGGGUUGCUGGAGGUGGUCAAGGACCUAUGCCAGGGGGUCAACUUCAUAAAAUGAACUCCGAUGCGGGUGGACAUCAAGGACCCGCGGGUCUUCAUUUAGAAGUAACAAAACGCGAACGAUCACCUUCCCCAAGCGAAUGCUGUUCACCAGAUACCUUGAAUCCACCCUCGCCUGCGGACUCGACGGAGGAUCACUCGUCGUCACCAAUACAAUUUGGAUUGUCUCUUGUAGCCCUUUCAAUGGCAUCUUCUGGGCGGGAUUUUGAUCCUCGCACGCGUGCCUUUUCGGACGAAGAACUGAAACCACAACCGAUGAUUAAGAAGUCUCGGAAACAGUUCGUUCCGGAUGAUUUGAAGGAUGACAAAUACUGGGCGCGACGCAGGAAGAACAACAUGGCAGCCAAGCGGUCCCGGGAUGCACGUCGCAUGAAGGAAAACCAGAUCGCCCUUAGAGCAGGCUUCCUAGAGAAGGAGAAUAUGGGCCUGCGGCAGGAGCUAGACAGAUUAAAGAACGAGAACAUACUCCUACGCGAUAAGCUAAGCAAGUACACGGACGUCUAACCAACGGCCUUUUAACCUCUUCCUAACUUAGUUCGGACAUCGGGGGCGGCUCCAGGAUCGUCGUCGUCGUCGUGAUCGUCGUCAUCAUCAUCAUCAUCAUCAUCAUCAUCUUUAUCAUCGUCAUUAUCGCAAUCAUCAAAUCAGAAUGAUCAUCACCCCCGGGCGAUCUGUUCGGAUGAAAAAGACGUCGCAAAUAUGCAGCAGAUCCAAGAGAAGGAGUGCAGCAGAUGAAACUAUACGUAAAAAGAGGAACGCAUGGAGGAAAGCGCAUGUAUUCUAUAUAUUCAUUUAUCCGAAUAUAUCUCAUGCUCAGGAUAAAAUUAAUACGUCUCUACAAAUUGUAAGAUAUGAGAUAUACGUAAGAAAAAAGAAAGAAAAGGAGAACUACAGUGCCGGAGAAAAAUAAAAACGGUCCUAUGGUUCCUCAAUCGUAUAAUUGAAAACCACCAGCCCCCCACCCAUUUGUACAUAGUUAUAUAUGUAUAGUUAGAUAUACAUUAUAUAUAUAUAUAGAUAUAUAUGUAUUAUAAACAAGCAAAACAAUAUAUAUAUAUGUGUAUAUAUAUACAUAUAAUAUUGAUAUCAUGUUAUAGUAUGAGACAUAAUAGAAAGAGAAAGAUACCCCGUGUAUCUAUAUACCUACAUUUAGAAUACACUACUACUACUAUUAUUAUUAUUAUUAUUAUUAUUAUUAUUAUUAUUAUUAUUAUUACAUACAUCAUGUAAUGAAAUACACGCAAAGAAAGACACACACAUAUAUACAAUACAUACAUACUCGCAGAGAUGAUAUACAUAUACCUGUUUAAGAUUUAUAAAAGAGAUGUGUAAAAAAAAGAAAGAAAACGAUCGAUAGACAGAAAGAUGGUAAUACAUGUACCUAACACUCGUACAUUGUUCUAUAUAUAUAUACAGUAUAUAGUAAGAGAAAUUCAUACGCGCGAGGUAAGUUUAUUAUCAUUAUGUUUGCAAUAUAAAUAAAUAUGAAAAACACGCGUGAAGAAUUCAGACUCUAUACGGUAUAUUAUAUAGUAUAUAACACACAUACCUAUAUACAUAGUGCUGCAGCUGGGUCGAAACCGGUAAUUGUAAAUUUCUUGUUGUUAUUAUCAUUUUAUUGGAAUUGUGAUUAUCUCUGACAAGAAAAAAGAGUGGAAUAAGGAAAAUGGGCGAGGGAGGGAGAGGGGAUGAGAAAUAGGGGUGAUGCUUCUACCCACAGCCCACUCCGGAAGCAUCAUUGCCGUUGUGCGAAACUCGGAAUAUACCGUAUGACGUUAAUAUUUAAGUAAUACACGAGAACAGACCUUAGAUGCAUUUGGAAAAUAGAGUCCAAACAGAGCUAUGGAAUACACGCUGCAGUAUACAUAGAUUAGAGACAACAAUAAUUAAUGUCAUUGCCGGACAUCAUGUAUUAGGAUCAAAUUGUAUGAAAAUUUAUAUACAUAUACCUAUUACGAAUAUCUUCAUGCAGAGCUUACUUUCGUGCCUUGUAGGGCGCGGAGUUUUGAAGAAAGAAUUAAAUAAAUGAGGACGAUUAUUGUCCUCUAGAAUGAAUAGUAAAGCCAAGUAACGAUAAACGAAAAAAAAAUUGAAUGAAUAGGUAAAUAAAAUCUUUUAUACAUACAUAUAUAGAUACAUAAAUGAAAUUAUAAAUAGCACGCAAAAACAGGUGAAAAAUAACUCGUGGUUACCACAAACACUGUAGACGGUAUUCGUACUAACGAGAAUAUUUCGCGUUAAAAUCAAUGCCAAUGUGCGAAUAAAAUUUCGUUAAAAUAAUCGGGAUGAAACGAUUUAACGAAUUAUAAACUGCAUGUAACACACACUUAUUCCUCUCACUCUCUUGACUUUCAUUCUUUCAUUCUUUUUAUACAUUAUACACACGAUAUACAUAUACAUCCAAUAUACAUAUAUUAUGUUAUAUUUUUACCAUAUUGUUUUCAGUUGGCUAUGUAAAAAUUAAAAAAAAUGAAACAACAAAAAAAAAAUAAAUUACGAACGUCGAUGUAAUGUUUACGAAUCCCGCAGCUGUAAAUUAAAGAGAUAAAAAAAAAAAAGAAAAAAAA